AUAUAUAUAUAUAUGGGCAUAGCUAGCAACUGGAGCUGUUUGUGUGUGUCUGAAUUAGCUUAGACAUGGCGGGCAAGAAUAUUAUUAUUAUUAAUGCUGUGUUAACCAUUAAUAUUGUGAUCAUCAUCAACAGCUACUACUUGGGAAUAAAGGGAGCAGAAGCCUCUUAUUCAGGUGCUACUACGACGUCGUAUCGCCGCCAACUUCAAAUAUCCCAUCCCCACAUCACCACCAUAACCCCGUCAUCAUCAUCAGCAAUACCAGUGGCUGUGCCGCCUCAGACCAACUCACGUGUUCAUCACGUGAUCGACUAUGGAGCUGACCCAACUGGACUAUCCGACAGCACGGAAGCACUGGAGCGAGCUCUUUCCGACGCCUUCCGAUCUUCCAAUAAUAUCCGCCACUCCCAUUUGAUGCAGGGCGUUACUGAUCUUGGGGGGACCCAACUUCAUCUCGACGGCGGGACUUACAAGAUCAGCCGUCCAUUGCGUUUACCUUUACCCCAUGAUGAUGCCUCAGGCUCAGGCUCCUCCUCCGCUGCUGGUAAUUUCAUGAUUCACGGUGGGUCUCUUUGUGCAUCUGAUAAUUUUCCAAGCGACGCCCAUCUGAUCGAGCUGCCUUCAUCAUCAUCGUACGGCUAUGGCUACGAACACGUCACCCUUAAGGACCUCACCAUCAACUCCAAUUUCAGGGGAGGCGGCAUCUCAAUAGUGAAUUCCCUGAGAACGACAGUAGAGAAUUGCUACAUUUCGCAUUUCACCACCAACGGCAUUUUGGUACGUGCCGGCCAUGAGACCUAUAUCAGGAACUCUUUCAUCGGCCAGCAUAUCAACGUCGGAGGCGACCCCAACGAGAGGGACUUCUCCGGCAUCGGAAUCAACAUCGCCGGCAACGACAACGCCGUCACCGACGUCGUCAUCUUCUCCGCCUCCAUUGGGAUUCUGGUGUCUGGGCAGGCCAACGUCUUCAGCGGAGUCCACUGCUACAACAAGGCCACCGCGUUGGGUGGCACGGGGAUAUACAUCCGGGCGCCGGGUUUCACCCAAACCCGGAUCUUGAAUUCCUACUUCGACUUCACUGGGAUCGUAGCCGAAGAUCCGGUCCAACUCCACAUCGCCGGUUCAUUCUUCCUGGGCAACGCCUUCAUUUCCAUCAAAUCCUUGAACGGCGUCCUCUCAGGUGUGAGCAUUGUCGACAACAUGUUCUCGGGUGAUUACACGGGUGUACAAAUUGUUCAAUUGGAUCAAUCCACCGGACCCCCAUUUACCCGUAUCGAUCAAGUCCUGGUGGAUCGCAACAGUGUACGGGGUAUGACUCUCAGAUCGACGGUUGCCAAAGGGUCGGUUUGGAGUAAUGGAACAAGAUGGACGGUGGAUUUUUCGCCGGUCCUACUUUUCCCAAACCUCAUUAAGCACGUGCACUACACGUUACAAGCGGGUGCCGCCGCAUCGUUUCCAAACCACGUAUUGCGGAACGUAUCAGGGAAUCGCAUCACGGUGGAAUCGGACGUACCCCUGUCUGCCACGUUGCAUGCGUCAGUGGACCAAACCGUGGUUGCCUACACAUGAUAUAUAAAUAACAAACUACCCUCGGUGUUGGUGGUGUCUUUGUGUGACAUAAUUUUAAUUGGACUUCUACAAUAUGUUUAUUAAUCUUAUUGAAAUGUAUGUAUAGAAUAACUUAUAAGAAGAUGUUUAAAAAAUAUACACACAUUUAUAUAGGCAUACACAAUACAGUGUUUUUCUUC